AUGGCUCAAGCUCAAGCAAUUCCAACUUUUACCGUCGGUGACUACGCUUCCUUCGCCCUUGCCGGUGCUAUGGGUUGUGGUUUAACCCACGGUGCUAUGACUCCUAUUGAUGUCAUCAAGACCAGAAUCCAGUUGGAGCCUACCGUUUACAACAAGGGUAUGGUUGGUUCUUUCAAGCAGAUUGUGUCCACUGAGGGUGCUGGCGCUUUGUUGACCGGUUUGGGCCCAACCGUCUUGGGUUACUCUUUGCAGGGUGCUUUCAAGUUCGGUGGUUACGAAUUGUUCAAGAAGACCUUCAUUGAGCAGUUGGGUCUUGAGACCGCCGCUCAGUACAAGAACUCCGUCUACAUCGGUUCCGCUGCUUUGGCUGAGUUCUUCGCUGACAUUGCUUUGUGUCCAUUGGAGGCUACCAGAAUUAGAUUGGUGUCUCAGCCAACCUUUGCCAACGGUUUGAUUGGUGGUUUCUCUAGAAUCUUGAAGGAGGAGGGUGCUGGUUCUUUCUACAACGGUUUCACCCCAAUCUUGUUCAAGCAGAUUCCUUACAACAUUGCUAAGUUCUUGGUGUUCGAGAGAGCUGCCGAGGCUAUCUACGGUACCAUCUCUACCCCAAAGAACCAGUUGGACGCUUCUACCACCACCGCUGUUAACUUGGCUUCUGGUAUCAUUGCUGGAUGUGCUGCCGCUUUCGUUUCCCAGCCAGCUGACACCUUGUUGUCCAAGGUCAACAAGACCAAGAAGGCUGAGGGUCAGUCCACUGUUGGUUUGUUGAUCCAGUUGGCCAAGCAGUUGGGUAUCAAGGGUUCUUUCACCGGUUUGCCAACCAGAUUGGUCAUGGUCGGUACCUUGACCUCUUUGCAGUUCACCAUCUACGGUUCCUUGAAGUCUGUGUUGAACUGUCCUCCAGGUAUCGAGUUGAAGAAGUAA